UUCGUAAAGAGCUAAUACCUAAUAGUUCACAAAUACUUGGCAACCCGACGGUGUCUUUGAAUCCGCGCGGGAAUCAUUUGACAAGAAAGAAGCAGUGAAAACAACAGCUCGAAAAACUGUCAAAAAUACAAUAUAAACGCUAAUAUCGACUGUUUACGUCGUUUAUUAUGAGACUGUAAGCGUCAGAUUUAAUUAUUCGCCUUGGUCUGGUUAAUUUGGGCGUGUGUGUGCUUUGUAAACACAGAAUGAAGUCUGUGAGGAGCAGUAAAGUGAAGCCCGCGGCUAAUAGAGAAGAGGAGUGCGGAAUAUGGCUGGACACGAAAGAGCUCAAAGAAAAGAAACAACAGAAACAGCUGACCCGUCCGGCCUCCAGAUUCCGAUCUCCUCUGUCUGGAUCAGGACUCUACAAUGUGGCCCUGAUGAGCUUCACUCAGACCAAACUCAACAUGCCCGUCACCAGACAGAGCACCAUAUCAACAUUCUUCUCUCCCAAACCCAGAGACUGUAACCCUGAGACAAACACCAGCACCAAGCGAAAACACGCCAUCAGUUUGGAUCCAUCAAUUGACUCGAUCAUUCACACAUCAGAUGAUGGAGAUUCAGAAGAAACAUCAGCCAGUGAUAAUAACCAUCAGCGCUUUCUUCAUUUCAUAAACGGAGAAGAUCCGGAAGAAGAACAACCGCCUGGAAAAAGGAGACUCAUUUCUUAUCACACUGACCAAAAUAAAUCAGACACUGAAGAAUACAGUGAUCAAGAUGCUGAAAACGUAUAUACAAAUCAGAUGAAUCCUGAAAAUCCACACCAUGGACACGUCGUUCAGUCUCCAAGUCCUAUAAACGAACAUCUAAGAGAUCAAAAAUCCUCAUUUAGGACGUCCAUCUUAACAUCCAGAUCUGUAAAUGAACACAAACCACAUGCAAAUCUUCAUAAAGAGCCAAAAACGAAAGCAUCUCCAUUGAAACGAAUGGGAAAAGAGAACAGCUCGCCUGUUAAAAACACUCCAUCCUCUCCUUUCAAGCAUAAAUCAAUCUCCAGUCCAUCCAAAUGCAGAUUAAAGGGGAAAUACAGAUGUCCGCCCAGUAAUCCGUGUAAGGAAGAGAGUGUUUCGUCGAUGUUUACUCAGGAUUCUGAAGGUUUCUGUGUGAUCGCUCACCGUGAUCAGUGUUUAGAGAGCGCAGAUCUACAGCCUGCAGAUUACAGGAGCAGUCAGGAUGAAGAGUCAGACGCAGAGAUGCUCUUUACUCAGGAUUCAGAGGGAAACAUGGUCAUCAAACACUGAUCUGACAUUUACAGCAAGAAACUGAAUUAACAAACGAGACUCCUUUGGCUUUUGAAGCUGUUGACUUUAUAUUGUUGUUUUAAAUGUGUGAGAUGAUGUAGAAACUAAAUAUUUUAAAGUUGUAAUCAAUGAAGAGACAAAUAAAAUCCUGAAAUGUG